UAAAGGUGAUAGUUUAAAGCAUAAGUGUUUGGCUUGGUGUAAAUAACAGAUGCGUAAAAGUUCUAAUGACAGAUAUUUUGAUUAAUAUAGUAAUUAACUAAUUAUGAAUGAGCUAAUAUUUAAUACCUCUUUUCAAAUAAAUUACAUGUAAAACCAUCUGUUCUGCACCCUUAUAUAAGAGCUAUUAAACAUUUAAAUAAGUUUAUUACAGCCCUAUGUUUUAAUGUAGACUAUGCUUUAUUAUAUAUGCAAACAUUAUGUGUGUUUAUUCUAACAUGCUGAUGAAAUUCUUUAUUAUUACAAGCUUCAGAGCUUUGUUUCUGUUUUUCACCAAUGAAGCUACAGGUGCAACAAACAACAUAAAUCUCUGCACCAAUAUUUAUUCAUUCAUUGAGGGCUCCAACUGUUCUUGUCAGAGCUUCCCUUAUGCAUGUGAGUGCCACAAUUUACCUGGUGGUUGCAGACGCAUAUCUGGAGUUGUUCCGCAAUGCUACACUGAUGAGGAACGAUGUGACAGUUACAACUAUUGUGGUGAUUGGAGCGAUGAAAAAAACUGUUCAUGUACAGAUGAACAGUUUGAAUGUGCCUGUCAUAAAAGUGUUAGUGGUUGCCAACAUGAUGGCAGUUUCAUUCCACGCUGUUUAAAAAAAACAUCCCUGUGCGAUUUAAUUAACGACUGCGGCGAUUGGAGUGACGAAUUUAAUUGCUCAUGUCCUCUUGGGGAGGCUCCAUGUGACUGUUUUUAUAAUGACAAAGGUUGUCAAGACCAAGAUAACUUUCCACUUUGUUAUUUGGAUUCAACUCGCUGCGAUGGUAAAAAUUACUGUGGUGAUUGGAGUGAUGAAAAGAACUGCACCUACGAUUAUGAAUGUGAUUGUCAUCAAAAUGAUAAACCCUGUGCAGUAGAAAGUAAUGGCUUUUAUCAAAGAGAGGCUAAAUGCGAUGGCUAUAAUGAUUGUGGGGAUUGGAGUGACGAACUUAACUGUAGUUGCAACACAUUUCGGUGUGCGUGUAACAACAGUGGUCCUGGUACAGUUGAUGGUUGCCUAUACCAAGACCGUACAAUCUAUCGAUGUUAUUAUUCUGAGUGGAAAUGUGACAACUACAACCAUUGCGGAGAUUGGAGUGACGAAAUGAACUGCUCAAAAUGUCCUCAGAAUAGGUUUGAAUGCGACAGUCCAUGUCAGGGUAAAAAUUGCCCUCCUGUAGACUUGGAAAUACCAAACUGUUAUUAUCCGUAUGAUCAAUGUGAUGGAUUUAACCGUUGUACCGAUUGGAGUGACGAAAAAAACUGUACCUGUUUGAAUAAUCAGGUAAAGUGUGGAUGCCUUGGCCAGAACAUCAACUGUACUUCUAACCUGGGUUGCCUUUCAAAUUAUCAAAUACUGGAUGGGGCAAUCAAUUGUGCUGAUACCUCUGAUGAGUCUUGUGAAUUCAGGAAAAUAUUCUUGUAUGGUUUUGUAUGGCUCUGUAGAAACUUCUCUGCUUAUGAAAAAUUUGUAACUUUGAGACAACUAAGCCUUCUUACUCAACCUAUAUGCCAUAACGUUACAACCUAUUCAUUGACUGGUGGUCAAAAUCAUGAAUGGUGGUGUCACCGCAUAGAUACUAAGCCAGGUGUAAAAUUUUGGGACACUGCUCAGUGUGAUAAUGGACAAUUUAUAGAAGGUAUUGCAUUUUGUGGUGGAAUUACAAAAUGUACUGAUGGAAGUGAUCAAAGAAGAAAUGUUCCAGGUUUUAAAUGUAAAGCCAAAGUAAUCUACAAACAAAAAACAGAAUCUUGUGUUUUACCUCAAAUCAAUCUUUAUAAUUCGUUGACCUAUUGUGCAGAUGAUUCAGAUAACUGUUUCACAGAUGGAAAACUGAAAUGUUUCAAGUGUUUAGAUGGAAAGUUGUUGAUAUCCCCAAACCAAGUUUGCGAUGGAAUAGUAGAUUGCUAUGAUUUAUCUGAUGAAUGUUUAUGUUCUGACCAAGAAGUUUUUAUCCAGUAUUUGUAA